UAUCAGGGCUCAAAACAUCGUAUACCCAGCUCGCUGGAUUGCUAAUACCACCCAGGUAGAAUGCGAAGGAGGAAUCUUUGCUUGGCUAUGCGCGUAUACGCCAGAUCACUGUCCCAAACAUCAGGUAUAUAUAUGUAUCGGGGCCUCGAGGGUGUAGAGACCCCCCACUCUCGAGCGCAUCGCAGUAGAAAGUGUAAGUCAACGAAACAGAAUUGUCCUGCGCCAGCAUGUCUUCUCCAAUUCAACCAUACACCAUAUCCAUUCCCGAGUCACAGAUCCGUGACCUUAACGACAGACUCGACCUAGCCAAAUUUCCUGACGAACUGGGCGACGCCCAAUGGGAACUGGGAGCUCCCCUCAACGACAUCCAGCGACUAACAAAACACUGGCGCCAAAACUUCAACUGGAGGAAAGCUGAACAAAAGCUCAACGGGCUCCCGCACUUCGUCACUUCCAUCCAGGUUGAAGGCUACGAGAAUCUGAAGAUCCAUUUCCUUCACAAGAAGUCCAAUCGUAAGGACGCAAUCCCUCUUCUCUUCGUCCAUGGCUGGCCAGGCAACUUCCUCGAAGCUGCCAAGAUCCUCGACUCACUUACAUCAGCAGAGGACGGACAAGUCUGCUUCGACAUCGUGGCCCCGUCCCUUCCGAACUUUGGUUUCUCCGAAGGCAGCAAGAAAAGAGGCUUUGCCAUGGAGCAAUACGCCGAAACUCUGCAUAAGCUAAUGCUCAGCCUUGGCUAUACUCAAUACGUCUCGCAAGGCGGUGACUGGGGUUGGUACAUCACACGAACCAUUUCCAAGCUCUACCCUCAACAUUGCAAAGCAACGCAUUUCAACAUGGACGUCGGUCAAGCACCAAGCUUUCUCAAGAAUCCGCUGCUCGCUGCCGAAGCAGCCCUAAAGCCACUUUCCGAGCGAGAACAACAAGGCAUAUCCCGCACCGAGUGGUUCGACAAAGAAUGCUUCGGGUAUAACCUGCUGCAAUCCACGAAACCCCAAACCCUAGGCUACGGCCUGACAGACAGCCCCGUCGCCCUUCUCGCCUGGAUCUACGAGAAACUGCACGACUGGGCGGACAACUAUCCCUGGACAGAUGACGAGGUCUGCACAUGGGUAUCGAUAUACUGGUUCAGCACGGCCGGACCAGCCGCGAGCUGCCGGAUAUAUUAUGAAAUGGAUCGCCAGGGUUUUUGGGGGCAGAGGCUCACACGAGCACAGCUUCGAAUGUGGCUUCCCGGCGUCAAGAUAGGGUACAGCCACUUCCCGCGUGACAUCCACGUUCUGCCAAGUACAUGGACAAGGACGUUGGGAAACGUGGUUUUUGAGAAGGACCAUAGUUCAGGGGGCCACUUCGCGGCGUGGGAGUGCCCGAUGGAUAUCGUGGCAGAUGUGAGAGAGAUGUUUAGUAAGGGAGCUGGUGCGUAUGGCGUGGUAGAGGGCAGGACUGGAUAUUGAAUAGCUUGCUUCAUGUAACGACUGCACUCCCUCGGCACUCUUUCUCCACUCGUCUGCUCGUGAAUUAGAGAGACUGGGUAACCACACCGCUGUUCGGCAUACCUGUCUCCAUACAGAUAUAUUGGUGCGGCAGUAUAAAG